AUGGUUGUGACAGCCGAUCUCUUUCUAUUUGUCGGUUGUCUUCGUGCAGCCGGUCUGCUUCAUCAAAACUUGCUGCGUAAUGUUCUAUUUUCUCCCAUGACCUUCUUUGACCAGACUCCCAUCGGACGCCUUCUCAAUCGUUUUGGGAAGGACGUUGAAACUAUGGACUUUCAACUUGUCAAGAAUAUCGAGUCUUGGAUUUUGUGUUUGCUGAAGGUCCUCUCCGUCCCAAUUGUGGUCAUGCUGACCACUCCACUCUUUGCACUUGUUUGCAUACCACUGUUUGUCAUUUAUGCAAUAGUCCAGCGUUUUUACAUAGCAACUUCCCGGCAAUUGAAACGUCUGGAAUCAGUGAAUCGCUCUCCAAUAUUUUCCCAUUUCGGAGAGACUGUGACCGGAGUGGCUUCCAUCCGAGCCUAUAACAAACAAGAUCAGUUCAUUGCUGAAUCAGAAAACAAGGUAGACAACAACAAUGUCGCCUAUUAUCCGACUAUAGUCAUUAAUAGAUGGUUGGCAUUCAGAGUAGAAUUCAUGAGCAACCUGAUUGUGUUUUUUGCCUCUGUAUUUGCUGUCCUCAACCGAGAUACACUCAGUCCUGGAAGCGUUGGCCUUUCCAUCAGUUAUGCUCUCAGUAUAACUCAAACUCUAAAUUGGCUUAUUCGUAUGACUAGUGAAUUGGAAACCAACAUUGUUUCUGUAGAAAGAAUUAAAGAAUAUUCUGAAACACCUACUGAGGCCCCAACAGAAAUCCCGAACUACAAACCCCCUCCUGAAUGGCCAGAUAAAGGUGAAGUAAUCUUCAGCAAUUAUGCCACUCGUUAUCGAGAGGAAAUGGAUUUAGUUAUCAAAGAUAUUAACUGCCACAUUCAUCCAGGUGAAAAGAUUGGUGUGGUUGGUCGAACAGGAGCUGGCAAGUCAUCCUUAACCUUGGGUUUAUUCCGCAUCAUCGAACCUGCUUCAGGCAUCAUAACAAUUGAUGGACUUGACAUUUCCAAAAUGGGUUUGCAUGAUCUUCGAUCCAAAUUGACCAUCAUACCACAGGACCCAGUGCUUUUUUCUGGAACUCUACGAAUGAACCUGGAUCCAUUUGAACAAUACGAUGAUGCCAGGGUUUGGGAAGCAUUGGCACAUUCUCACCUGAAAGAAUUUGUAAGUUCUCAAGCAAAAGGAUUAAUGCAUGAAUGCACAGAAGGAGGAGAAAAUCUCAGUUUGGGCCAACGCCAACUUGUUUGUCUGGCCAGAGCUCUUCUGCGGAAAACAAAAAUCUUGAUCCUUGAUGAAGCAACAGCUGCUGUUGAUUUGGAAACAGAUGAUCUCAUCCAACAAACAAUUCACUCUGAAUUCAGGGACUGUACAAUUCUUACCAUCGCACAUCGUAUCAAUACUAUCAUGGAUUAUUCAAGAAUAAUGGUUUUAGACAACGGCAAAAUCUGUGAAUUUGAUACACCAGAAUCCCUUCUUCAGAAUAAAGAGGGCCUUUUUUACAGCAUGGCUGCAGCUGUCCAUUUGGUGGGGGAAAGGCCAACUUUGGACACGGUUGAUAGUUGA